AUGAUGCGUUUUCUCGUAUUCCUUAGCACUUCAUUGUUUGCGAUCUUCGUAGCCUCAAGGGACUCGCCAAACAAUCCAUCUACCCAGCCUCUGCGAGGCAGCGACAUCAUCAUCAGUCCCAGAGAUGCCGACAUUGACAGGACAUGUAGACGCUUACGUACGUUGACAAAGCUCAACAAGAUCGCACAUAACGAGACCCUCAUGGACUCGAUGAUCAUGCGCGACAAGUUCGCUCAACAACGCAUCGACUGGAUCAAAAACAACAGUGACGAUAUCACUGCCAAACUCGAGGCGCUGGCAUCCAACUCCACGCUGACAGCGGAAUGCGACACGAUCAAUGCACAGCACGACACAGCUCGCGAAUGCAAGGCAUUACAGACAUUGGAAAGACUGGUAAAUUCGACGAACGGGCAUACUGAUUUCAACGGACGACCUGCUGCGGACUUUCUCAGCGAUGAGCAGAAACAGAAGUCACAACAAAAGUUCGAGAAAGCAGAACUGAAGCUGCAGCAACUCAGGAGUAAUGUCACAUUGCUAGGUCUCUGUAACAACGAUUUUAUGUCUCAGCAGGGUGGCGUCAUCGGAAAUCAAGUGGUGGACAACAGCGGCGCCAUCAGCAUGACGAGAAGUGUUGCAAGCAGUCAUAUGCGCCAACUGGGAGAUGCUUCAUCGUUGAUGGCUUUGACGAUUCUAAUGACAGUGUUGAUGCUGUAG